AUGACGAUCGACCCUGUGAAGUAUCUGAAAUCGAUCUGUUCGGUCCGUGAGACCACGUCACAAGUGUUCCAGUACGCAUGCAAGAAUCAUGGUGGUAACCACUUCGACUUGGAGCUGUCGCAGAUGGCGCCAGUGGCAGAUUUCCUGUGUUCCAUUAUCGAGCGCGACUAUGGCACCAAUUACGUGCAGAUUCCAUCUCACGGUCGCUGGCAACACCUGAACUACGGGUCGCAGCCUCGUGUGGAGAGUUUGAUCCAACAAUGGACCGAAGCAGGCGUCGACAAGAUCGAAAUCGCCCGGAAACUGAUUGAUCUGUUUGUCCUGAGCGUCCUGGUGGACGCUGGCGCCGGAAACGUGUGGAAAUAUACCAUUCCAGGGUCCGCAAAUGACACCCAACAGCAAGUUGGUCGUUCGGAAGGGUUGGCCGUUGCUUCGUACUACAUGUUUGCGGAAGGCCAGUUUUCCAGCGAUCCCCAGGACUCUUUCAAGGUAUGCGGGUCUGCGCUGGAAGGUUUCUCGCUGCAAGAUUUUGCCAAGGGUUUCCAAAUCUCGAAUGCGAACCCCAUGGACGGCUUCGAGGGCAGGCUACAACUGAUUCAGAGGCUUGGCCGAGCGUUGAACUCCAACGCCGACAUUUUUGGACCAGAAGGCCGUCCGGGUGGGAUUGUCGACUACCUAUAUGGCCUAGCGAAGAAGACCAGUGGUGGCGAGUGCGUCAUUGACUUAGAGGACGUUUGGGAUGCGUUGAUGGCUGGCUUGACAAGCAUCUGGCCUGCUGGCCGGACCGUGGUCAACGGCGAGCCCCUGGGCGACGUUUGGAGCCUCGACACCAAAGCAGACGCAGUCUCGAGUGGUGUGGCGACUGCACCGGAAAACGUCCCUACCGAUCUUGUGACUUUCCACAAGCUCACCCAAUGGCUGUGCUACUCGCUAUUGGUGCCUUUGGAACAGUACGGGCACCAAUUCACCAUCACCAACAAGCAAUUGCAAACGGGUCUCCCCGAGUACCGGAACGGCGGUCUUUUCUACGAUUUCGGAGUUCUGAAGCUCAAACCAGAGGCGCUGGAAAGAGGACUCAAAUUGUCCGUAAAACUCCAAAAACCCAACACUACGCUCCCAACGUUCGAGCCCCAGGACGGCGCAAUUGUCGAGUGGAGAUGUCUGACUAUAGGUCUGCUGGACUACUUACUGCCUAUUGUGAACGAAAAACUGGGCUACCAAUUGUCACUACCACAACUUAUCGAGGCUGGUUCUUGGAAGGCCGGUCGUGAAAUUGCCGCCAAAUUGAGGCCCGAAACCAAUGGUCCUCCGAUAGAUUUACACAGCGACGGAACCGUCUUCUAA